AUGUGCCUCGGCCUCGUCUACGCCAAACAGAUCACAGACCGCUCCGUGCCCCUCUCCACCGUCUACCUCGCCAUGCUCCGGUGCCUCCUCGGCAUCAACAUCGGAACCUACACCGGCACCUCCAGCGUCGCGGGGCCCGUGCUCCUAGCCAUCUUCAACGACUUCGGGAUACUGUACUGUACAACCGUCCCAACUCGCCGGCGGUUCCGCUCCGCCAUCUUCACGGUCGAGCCGAAAGAAAGCUAG